AUGGGGAACAAAAUCUCCAAUGUAACUGCCAUUGCAGGCAUCGACAGCUACGUCAGUGAACUAGGUGAUAUCUAUUAUGAGCGAAGUAUUGGCAAUGCGCGUUUCAUGAAGACUAUUCGUGGCCGACACAAAGACACUCUUGUUGUCGUCAAGAUAUUCGUCAAACCAGACCCUCAACUUUCGUUACGCUCAUAUGUCAAAAAGCUACAAGACGAGCAUGAUGCCCUUAUCAACGUUUCGAACGCAUUUCCUUUUCAACGUAUCCUGGAAACCGACAAGGCAGCGUACCUCGUUCGUCAAUACUUUUGCAGCAGUCUUUACGAUCGCAUAAGUACACGCCCGUUCUUGACGCUGAUUGAAAAGAAAUGGAUCGCAUAUCAAAUUCUCAAGGCAGUAGCAAGCACACAUGCAAAAAAGAUUUAUCAUGGUGACAUCAAGACUGAAAAUGUAUUGGUUACCUCGUGGAAUUGGGUCUAUCUCGUAGAUUUUGCUUCCUAUAAGCCAACGUAUUUACCAGAGGAUAAUCCAGCGGACUUUUCUUUCUUUUUUGACAUGUCGUCUCGAAGAUGCUGCUAUAUCGCCCCUGAACGUUUUUACAACGCUGGCACGGCAGUGGAUCAAAGAAUGAAAAACCUUGAUUGGGAUGAGCAAGUGAGCGAGCUGACUCCAGAAAUGGAUAUCUUUUCUGUUGGAUGUGUUAUCGCCGAACUAUUUCUGGAAGGGACAUCUAUCUUUUCUUUGUCGCAAUUGUUCAAGUAUCGAAGCGGAGAAUACAAUCCAGACAACAGCCUGGACAAAAUUGAUGAUGAAAACAUAAAGAGCAUGGUGAAGCACAUGAUCCAAUUGGACCCCAAGGAUCGUUUUACUGCCGAGCAAUAUCUGUCAGAAUGGCGUGGCAAAGCAUUCCCACAAUACUUUUACACGUUCCUGCAUCAAUACAUUAGUUCGGUGACUGAGCCAAUCGAUUAUGAGGCAACACAACAAUCAACAGCCGCUGUAGCCGAUGCCAUGUCCUCAGCACUUAUGGGUGUCAAUAGUAUCAGCAAAAAGCUUAUCGACGCUGACGAGAAAAUCGAGCGGAUAUACCAUGAUUUCGACAAGAUCGCUUAUUUUGUAUCCUUCCAAGGCGACUCAAUACCAACAACUCAACCAGAUUCCACAACAGCUCGGCCUGGCGGUCCUCGGGAACGACGAAGAACUUUAACAGAUUUGCCAAAUACCACUGCGUCAUCGAUCAUACUACCACCCAUUCUCAACAUACCCAAUUACGAACCCGAGAAUACUACAGUGAAUCAUGUGGAUCAUCAACAGAAUUCGGGAGAACAUGGGACACUCAUUUUCUUAUCGUUCGUGUGCUCUUUGCUUCGCAAUGCAUCCUUCCCAAGUUCAAAAUUGAAAGCACUGGAUAUUCUUUUGGCGUUGGCAGAGCAUUUGCCAGAUGAUGUCAAAUUGGAUCGACUGGUGCCUUAUUUAAUGACUCUUUUAUCUGAUGACGCCGCGCUUGUUCGUGCAAAUGCAAUCAAGACUUUGACUCAAGUGCUUUGUAUGGUGGAAUCUAUCUCGCCCAUCAAUGCAAGGAUAUUUCCCGAAUACAUUUUACCCAACGUAUGCGACUUUGCCAAAGACGAAGAUGUUUUGGUGCGAACGACCUAUGCCAGCUGUAUUGCUUUGCUCGCCGAGACUGCGCUGAGAUUCUUGGAAAUGACCCAGCUCCUCAAGAGCGAUAGUAGCUUUCCCGUGGUUGAUAUGGACACUGACGAACUUGACUUUGAGUCUGCCUAUGAUUCCUCAUUGCAAGAUCUCAAGUCUGUUAUACAAGAACAAGUCACCGCCUUGCUGAUCGAUUCUGAAAGUUCUGUCAAACGUGCAUUGUUGACCAACAUCACAUGCUUGUGUGUGUUCUUUGGGAGGCAAAUCGCCAAUGAUCUUCUCUUGAGUCACAUGAUUACGUACUUGAAUGACAAGGAUUGGAUGCUACGUAGUGCCUUUUUCGAAAGCAUCAAAGGCGUGGGUACUUGCGUAGGUGCACGUAGCUUGGAGGAGUAUAUUCUGCCACUGAUGGUUCAAGCAUUGACUGAUGCGGAAGAAUUCGUGGUGGAGAAGGUACUCAAUACAUAUGCGAGCUUGGCAGAAUUGGAUUUAUUUUCAAAGAUGAAACUAUGGGAGCUUAUUGGCAUUAUUGCCCCCUUGAUAUGCCAUCCAAGCGUAUGGAUUCGACAUGGUGCUGUUGGCUUUAUUGUAUCGGCAUCCAAGCAUUUGCCAGAAACGGAUAUCUGGUGCAUUAUAUACCCACUUUUGACCCCUUUCCUCAAGGCGGACAUAUCGAGCAUCAAUGAAGAGGAGCUGAUGGAAAAUGCAAAGACGCCGCUUUCACGGCAGAUUUACGAGCAAGCGAUAGGAUGGGCAACGAAAGCGACAUCCAAAUCUCUUUUCUGGAAACAUCAACGUGAGAAACGGGCACGAUCGAAUGCGCCAAGACAACGCAAAUCUGGACCAGCUAUGCUUUUGCGUCAAGGAUCCCUAUUGACUAGUGCUAUUGGCGAAGAAAUAGAGGUGUCUCAAGAAGACGAGUAUUAUCUGGAACGGCUACGGAACAUAGGCAUGUCAGCAGAAGAUGAAGAGAUCAUUGCCCUUUUGCGAGAUUACCUGUACAAAGUGUCACAUGCCAAGCUCAACCGUCCAAAAGGCUUUGAAGAUCGAAGCAUCGUCAACGGUGAUGUCUUCCUCAAGAGCAUUGGUGUAACACCAUUGACAGUGUUUCUUCCUGAUCUUUCACAAGACACCCCUUUCAGCCAAGAUCUUUCAUCCAACUAUGCUGGUGGCAUAGAAAGACCAUCGACGAUGCAGACACGCGCUAAACAGAAUUCAUGCAAGAUUAGCCGAGUUGCGAGUGAGCCACAUGUACAAGCUAUCCUCCCAGACCUUGACAAGUCCACCAAUCCUGAAACUGCAUCGGUGAUGUCCAAUAGUGGACUCAUAUCCAGCCCAACUGAUAUCAGCUUUGAUGUACAUUCAGCACCACAACCACGAACAAAAGGUUCCUUAUCGCCCUCAGAGUUGGAUGAACGAGCAAGAUUUUCCACGUCCACGCCCAAAUCUAUUGUUGGCUAUGAACAUUUGCAAAAUCUACUCAUGAAGACCGCUUUGGAAGCUUUCCCACCCCAUAUGCCAGAGUUCACGGGUGAUCCAGCUAUUAUGAAGCGCAUAAAAAGGUUGCCACAAGGGACAUCACCUUUUAGGACCGUCAACAGUUGGAAACCUGAUGGUACUUUGGUCGCUCACUUUACGGAACAUACGGCUGGUAUCAACCAAUUGGCGAUAUCUUGGGAUAAUCUCUUGUUUGCUUCGUGUUCGGAUGAUGGCUCGGUCAAGAUAUGGGAUUGCUUCAGAUUAGAGCGUAAUGUCACGAAUCGGUCCCGAGCAACAUACAACCAGCAAGGGGGUCGUAUCAAGUGCAUCACUUUUAUCCACCAAACUUACAGCAUCGCUUCAGCAUCUGACAAUGGCAGUAUUCAUGUAUUCAGGGUUGAUAUACGCAGUACGGGAAGUGCUCUCAAAUUCGGGAAGUGUAUCCCUGUGCGACGACAUCAAUUGAUGAAUGAAUACGCCGUGUGCAUCCAACAUUUCACAAGUAAUGCAUCGAAUACUAUGGCUGGAUCCAAGUCUAUACUGUUGUUUGCAACCAACAAGGGCAAUAUUUAUGCGAUGGACUUGAUGACAAUGGAGGUCUUGUGGCAAUUGAAAAACCCCUUGAGUCAUGGUGUUAUUACCAGCAUGGUUACUGAUCGGCUACAUACGUGGAUGAUGGUUGGAACAACACGCGGUAUCUUGACGUUAUACGACUUGCGCUUCCAAAUCCCGUUGAGAUCUUGGUUACAUCACAGCAAGAGCCGUAUCAAUACGAUGCUAUUAAGUCAUGAUCCCAAGGCCGAAGGAAAGCAUGUGAUUAUUGCUGCCGGCAAGAAUGAGAUCUCCGUAUGGGAUAUUGUGCAAUUGCGUUGCGUUGAGGUGUUCCUUGUUCGACCUGGAGAUGAAAAGACGGUGACCAACAACGGGAUCGCGACCGAUGUAUUCCAGGCACUGGAAGCACCCAAUGAAGAGGAUAUUCUUGGCACAUCAUGUACAAGUAGUGAAGCUCACUUUUCAGAAAAUUCGAUUCGAGCGGUGGUGUCUCCUCCCGAUUGCCGAUUCAUUAUUACAGGAGGAUCUGAUAGGAAGCUACGAUUUUGGGAUACUGCACGGAUCGAGAAUUCAAGCGUCGUCUUGGGGUUGGAUAUGGAUGAGCCUAAGCCGCGCUUUAGGAUGAGCGUCCAGAAUCAUAUCAAGUUUUAUCUCGAGUUUGCACAAGCACAACGUACAUCCACAUCCAGUACUUCGAUGCAUCGUACAGCUUUCAGUGGAUCAGGAUCACACCAUUCGAGCCCUAGCGAGAUCAACUUUGCCCAGCAACAAUCAUUAUUGCGAAAUCAUACCGAUGCUGUGAUGGAUGUCAUUCUCACCGAAGUGCCUUAUCCUAUGAUCAUUAGCGGUGAUAGAGAUGGUGUAAUCAAGGUGGUUUCAUAG